AUUACUUUCACUGUUGAUAUUUUAUCUAUAAAUAGUUUUGGUGAAUACCUUAGCUGGUGUAUCUAGGCAGUGGAUUUCUAUAUACUUUGCGGCACCAAAGAUAUAAUGGCGAACUAUCCUAUCAACGUUUAUACCACUGUCUUCAAGGACGAUGUUGUUGAAGAACAUCAGAAAAUAGACGAUUUAGGAAAAGCUGGACAGUGGUCAGAACUUAUAGAAUUUUUGGAAAGUAGCAGCAGCUAUGUAAAUUCAAGCAGACUUUCAGUGAAAGGAGAUAAUAAAGGUCCUACCUGGUAUACGCCUCUUCAUUACGCAGCUGACUUAGGUGCACCGGAACACACAUUUAAAGAUUUAAUACGACUGGGAGCAUCGAAAAGUAUGAAGAAUGCUGAAGGUCAAACCGCUUAUGACAUUGCAAAAAGUAAAGGUCUUGAUAAAAUUAUACUGGACCAAUUAGUGAUUCCAGAGAAAAUAAAACAAAACGCCGCUGCAAUUGAGAAAAUGGAAAAAGGCUUACACGAGGUGAUCAAUAGUAGAGUUAAAGACUUGAUAAAGGACAACGGACAAGCUUUACCUCAACUUUCUCUAUUAUUUGAACAUGGAAGUUUUUAUUACCCUGUACCCGGAAUGUAUGGUGGUUUUAGUGUUAGUGAACACGAUGAUGGCAUCCAAGCAGAUAGCUGGGUUCGUGUUUGCGGCGGAAGUGAACAAAACCACGUGGUUAAUAAGGAAGGCAAAGUUACUUUAUUACCAAAUGACAAUCCUAUUUAAUUACUAGCACAUGAAAUAAAAUUACCUACCUCUUCAAU